GACGACGGGCGCGGCGGGGACCGAGGUCCGGGCCGGUGGUUUUCGCCGCCACCGGACACGUGUGGGCGGGGCCCCACGCCCCUGCCGCGCGCCUGCCUGUCCCGCCGUCCCCCGGCGCCACCGCGCCAGCUGCAUCGGUCGGAGUUCACAAACGCAGACUCGCUCACCACGGCGCCGCCACCUUCCUUCCAAAUUAAGUACCCCGUCACUCCACUCCACACACUCCCGUCCCAAUCACCUCACCCUUUCUCCCCCUCUGCUUCCCCCACCACCUCACCAGUCACCACCACCAUGUCCGCCCCCGCUGCUCUCCUCCUCCUCCUUCUCCCGCUCCUCCUCGGCGCCAAUGCCGCCGACCCGGCGCCGGCCACCAUCGUGCUCAAGGACGGCACCACCUGCACCCUCUGCGCGUCCUGCGACAACCCCUGCAACCCCUCCUACUACCCGCCCCCGGCGCCCGUCACCACGCCGCCCCCGCCCCCGCCCUCCUACCCCGCUCCCUCCGGCGGCGGCGGAGGCGGCCCCAUCGUCUACUCGUCCCCGCCCCCUCCUGCGUCCACCGGCGGUGGCCUCUACUACCCGCCGCCCACCGUCGGGUCCACGGGCGGCGGGGGCGGUAACAACGGCGCCUCCCAGCAGGGCGGCGGAGGCGGAGGCGGCGCCUACCCGACCCCGCCGCCGCCCAACCCGUUCCUCCCCUACUUCCCCUUCUACUACUACAGUCCGCCGCCGCCGCACUACUCCGGCGCCCGGGCCGUCACCGCCGCCUCGUCGCCGGCCGCGACGCUGCUCGCGGUGCUCCUCUCCGGGAUGCUGCUGCUGCAGCAGCAACAGCAGUGGUAGAUCUGCCGAGUGAGUUAACGCGCUGUGUUUUUUCCACUUACACUAGACUGCUAGAGGUGGUGGGUGAACAGAGCUGGUGAUCGAUUCAAUUGUGGCCUGUGUAUUCUAGUAAAUUUUAAUUGUAAUUUUGAUUCCAUUUUAUUUACCCCCUUCUUCUCUUUCUUUGUGAUUUAUAUGUGUCGGUCGGUAUAAAAACUUGUAGCAAUUUGUACAAGGAGGGCAACAAAGUAAAUGAUCUAUAAAGCAUGCAGAUGCAGGACCAUAUA